GUUUAGGUUACAAACAGAUUCUUUAAACGAUUAAAAUUAUUCACCGUGUUUAUGAACUAAACAGUCCGGUUUAAACGUGUUUCAGAGAGUUUAAAUCGUAGUCUCCAGCCUUUAUUGUAAUGUGACUGCGGUGUCGUGAGAGCACAAUAAAGGAUGGACAGAGACUUGUUGAGACAGAGUCUGGUCUAUCACGGAGAGUCGCUGUUUAACAAACUGAAAUGUGAACAAACCGAGAACCCAGACUUCCAAGACGUGGUGUCAGACCUGUCUAAAGCCACGUAUGAAAGCCGGGACGAUGAGCAGGACAAUUCAGUGGUUCAACAGUUCAUCGCCAGGAAGGCCGACAUCUUGUUCCAUUUAUCAUGGAAAACUGCCGAUCCUCAAGAACAGGAGCACGAGGAGGAGGAGGAUGGAGAGCCUUACGCUAUCAUGCCGCCUGUGGAGGUUUUCAUGGAGCUGCCUUAUGAGGAGAGAAGAUCCAUGAUUUACAGGGACUUGGAGAAAGGAGACAUUGUGGUGGGAAGGGUCAAUAACAUUCGAGAGUAUGGCUUUUUUCUCACUCUGCUUUGCAUGGCAGGAGGCCUGAAGAGAGACAUAGAGGACCUUGAGUUGUCGGCUUUAUGUCACAUCCGAGAAAUUCCCUCUUCCAGCAGCCAUGAUGAUCCCCUUUCCUACUAUCAGGUUGGGGACUUGAUCAGAGCGGGAGUGAAAGACAUUGACCGGUACCAGGAAAAGAUCACAGUGUCCCUCCAUCAGGCCUGUCUGUCUCCCAGCUUAGAGCAUAUAAAACUGGGUGUCAUUACCCGAGAAGAGCUGCCCAUACACUACAGUCGCAGUGUUAUUGCAGCUUCUGACUCCCGUGAGACGUAUGGGUGCAUACUGAGAAGGUGCCAUGGUUAUGAAAACCCCUCUGUAGUAGAAUUCCUCCUGGAGAAGGUGGGAAUCAGUGACACGCAUCCGCCGUCAAUGAUGCGAGGACUACAGUGUAAACGUUUUCAGGAAGAUGAUUUUGCUUCUGCAAUCAGGAAGAAGCAGUCGGCAUCUUGGGCCUUAAAGUGUGUCCGUGCAGGUGUGGACCACUUCAAACAUGGCCGUCAUGUGGAGGCCAUGAACGAAUACAACAAAGCCCUGGACAUUGAUACUAACAAUGUGGAGGCGCUGGUGGCACGAGGAGCCCUUUAUGCCAACAAAGGCAGCAUCAUGAAGGCUAUAUCAGACUUUGAACUGGCUCUGGAAAAUUGUCCAGAUCACCGAAACGCCAAGAAGUACCUCUGCCAGACUCUGGUGGAGCAAGGAAAACAGCUUGAAGAACAGGAUAAACUGGUGACAGCUGAGGGAUUGUACCAGCGAGCUCUGUCUCUUGAUGACUCAAACCCUGAAGCGAAAGAGGCCAUGCACAACAUCACUGAAACUAUACAGAAAUCGAUUCGCUUGAGAGAAGAAGCUCUUGCUAAGGAGCAGGUCAAAGAUAAAAGCAGCCAGACCAGUGCUGAGAAAUUACGUAAGCUCUUAAAAGAGGAGAAAAGAAUGAAGAAGAAACGCAAGCGAUCGACCUCUUCAUCCUCCUCCAAGAGCUCCUCUUCUUCGUCGUCGUCCUCGUCUCGUAAGAAGAAGAAAAGGAGAAGGCGCAGGAAGUCUGAGCGUGGAAGUAAGCACCAUCGUAGGAGAAGUGAGGAGGGUAAGAGCAGGAAAACCACAAGGGAGAAAGAGGAAGAUGAAGUGGAGUGGUUUCCUGCACCUCCCAACACCUCUGCCACUUUUCUCAACCUGAAAGGUGGUCCUAUGUUUGCAGGGGGAGGGGAAGACGGGGCAGUGGGGAGGGACGGGGAAGACAGAAGGAUAAAUCAGCUGUAUUCUUUAUCAGCAGCUUCAGAUGAGGAGUCCAACUGUUCUCACAGAGAAAGAAAGGAAAGGGACGGAGCCGAGAGCUGGACGAGGACGAGAAUAAACAGCCAGAGCAGAAGCCCUCAGAGGGAGGAGAAGAGAGGCAGGAGUAGAGAAAGAAGGGAUGAGAGCAGGGAAAAGAGCAAAGACAGAAAAUGCAGGAGAGACAGUGACUGCAGGAGGAGGAGCAGCUUAGAGGAGAAUAAAACACGGAAAUUAUCCAGCUCAUCAGCGGAGUUGGAAUCCUCCCGGAGAUCUAGUUUCCAGUUUGAAUAUUCAGGAAUCUCUGGUUCUACUUCCAGACACCCUGAGAACAGAAUGAGACGCGAUUCAUCCACAAGAAGCUCCUUCGAUUCCGGUAGGUACGAGAACAAAGACAGGCAGGACGUCGACGAGGCAGAGAGAGAGAAGGAAAGCAAAAGAAGUGAGGAGGAGAGCAGGACGUCUGAUCAAGGACAAAAUAAAACGUCGGACAGUGCUGGAAGUCAUAACGGGCAGAGCGAUGGUGCGUCCAAGAAAAAUGUCCCUGCUAACCUGUUGGACAUUUUUAACCAGAUCGCACAGUUUGAGAAAGAAAAAGGACUCAAACCAAAAAUAUAACACC